UGAUUACGUAACACACAAUUUGUACACAAACAAGCGAUGCAUAAAUGUUACAUGAUAAUGGAGGAAUCAUCCAUAUGAGUGUAUGCGUCGAUUAGUUUUCACUGGUAGUUUUCUUUAUUUCGUAAUUAGAUAUGACACGGACAAGCGGAUGGUUUACAGGGAUGAUUUUAUUUUCAUCUGUUUAUUACGUUUCCUGUGGACAUUUUUGUGAAAGACAAAGCCAAUACCAGUAUGACACUUGUCUUUCGGGUGGUUACGGGUGUGAAGAUUACACAACUUACAGAAAAGUCAUUUGCUGCGAUGGAUGGGAAGGAUAUACUUGCGAUGUUCCCAUAUGUGAUCCUCCCUGUAACGGUGGUGAAACCUGCUAUGGUCCUGGUACAUGUCGCUGUUCAAACAAAACUGUAGAAGGAGUAUGUUCUGGUUAUGCGUGUUUUCCGCCUUGUCAACACGACGGGGAAUGUUAUGAACAAAAUAGAUGUUCCUGUCGACCAGGUUAUGCGGGUGAUUUCUGUGAUGUUAGUCCAUCUGAUAUUAUAUUUGUGGUAGACGACUCGGGUAGUGUCGGACAUGAUCAUUUCCGUGUAACCAUGGAGUAUCUUGCCAAUGCUGUUAAUAGACUUCCUGUUAGAUAUGACUUAGUACGUAUUGGAAUGGCUUUAUUCAGUGGCUCUGCUAGAAAAAUCUUUGACCUCGAUGAUCAUUUCACAAAAGAACACAUAACAGACGCUAUAUUGAAAACAUCUUUUGGAAGUGGCGGAACAAAUAUUGAUGGUGCUCUUGGUUACACUUGUGAAAAUAUGUUUCAACUCGAGUCAGGAGAUCGAACCCAUGUCCAGAAUAUAUUAGUGUUGAUAACUGAUGGGCAGUCAUCAGAGGUAAACAAACAUGGACUGUUAAAAUGUAACAACAAAAACGUAACAAUAAUUGGAAUAGGAAUUGGUAGCAACAUUGAUGAAGAUCAACUUAGAUAUUUAGUCUCCAAACCGGAGUAUUACUUUGAUACAACCUACGAUAACCUAGAUACAACUUUGCCAAAACUUAUAGAAACUAUAACAGAUUUUUGUCCACCAGGAUGUAAAAAUGGCGGUACUUGCAUUUCUCGAGGAAAAUGUCAAUGUCCAAAUGGAUAUGCAGGAUUGCUUUGUGAAACGAAGGUGACAUGCAGUCCAGGAUGCAAGAACAACGGAACAUGUUACAACACGAACAGAUGCAGAUGUCUCGUUGGUUAUAGAGGAGAUGUGUGUACGAUUCCUAUCUGCAAUCCUGAAUGUAAGAACAAUGGAACUUGUUCUGAACCUGACAUAUGUAUUUGUGAAAAGGGAUACGAAGGAGGCGUGUGUGAAGUGAAUCAAAACUCAAGAUCUGCAUACAUUCUGAGUGGGUCGCCUGUUUUUCUUUUAUUAACGUUUUGCAUAUUGAAAGUAUUGAGCUUAUUUUGAAGAGAGAAAAGAAUAGUUUUAAAUGUCUCGUAUAAUAAUUGUUACAAGUAACUGUGUAUUUCUUUUAAAAUAGCGGUU